GGCAACUUAUUCUCUCCCAGGGCUGGAGCUGCUCAGGACCUGCUGGGACCUCAGGAGUCAUGGACCCCCCACAGCAGCUGCUCUUCUUUGUGAAUGGCAGGAAGGUGGUAGAACAACAUGUUGAUCCUGAAAUGAUGCUGUUGCCGUACCUGAGGAAGAAUCUCCGACUCACAGGCACUAAGUAUGGCUGUGGAGGGGGAGGCUGUGGCGCCUGCACAGUGAUGGUCUCACGGUACAACCCCAGCACCAAGACAGUCAGGCAUCAUCCAGUCAAUGCCUGUCUGACCCCCAUCUGCUCUCUGUAUGGCGCAGCAGUCACCACGGUAGAAGGCAUAGGCAGCACCACGACAAGACUCCACCCCGUUCAGGAGAGGAUCGCCAAGUGUCAUGGCACACAGUGUGGAUUCUGUACUCCUGGGAUGGUGAUGUCCAUGUACACACUGCUCAGAAACCACCCAGAGCCCACUCUCGAUCAGCUGACGGCUGCCCUUGGUGGAAAUCUGUGCCGGUGCACUGGAUACAGGCCCAUAAUCGAUGCAUGCAAGACUUUCUGUAAAGCUUCUGGCUGCUGUCAAAGUAAAGAAAAUGGGGUGUGCUGUUUAAGUGAAGGAAUAAAUGGAUUUGCAGAAUUACCAGAAGGUGAUGAGACCAGUCCUGAACUCUUCUCAGAAGAGGAAUUUCUGCCACUGGACCCAACUCAGGAGCUGAUAUUCCCCCCAGAGUUGAUGAUAAUGGCUGAGAAACAGCCACAGAAGAUCAGAGUGUUUCGUGGUGAUAGAAUGACAUGGAUUUCCCCAGUGACUCUGAAGGAACUUGUGGAAGUUAAAUCCAAGCAUCCCCAGGCUCCCAUUGUCAUGGGCAACACCUCUGUGGGGCCUGCAGUAAAGUUUAAAGGCGUCUUCUACCCUGUCAUAAUCUCUCCUGACAGAAUUGAAGAGCUGUGUGCUGUAAGCCAGGAUCAUGACGGACUGACCCUUGGUGCUGGCCUCAGCCUGGAUCAGGUGAAGGAUAUUCUGGCUACUGUGGUCCAGAAGCUCCCAGAAGAGAAGACACAGACAUACCGUGCCCUCCUGAAGCACCUGAGGACCCUGGCAGGGUCCCAGAUCAGGAACAUGGCUUCUUUAGGGGGCCACAUUGUGAGCAGACAUCUGGACUCGGAUCUGAAUCCCCUCCUGGCUGUGGGUAACUGCACCCUCCACUUACUGUCCACAGAUGGAGAACGACAGAUCCCAUUAAGCGAGCAGUUUCUCCACAGGUCUCCUGAAGCAGACCUUAAGCCCCAGGAAGUCUUGAUCUCAGUGACCAUCCCGUGUUCCAGGAAGUGGGAGUUUGUGUCAGCCUUCAGACAAGCCCAGCGCCAACAGAAUGCACUAGCGAUUGUCAAUUCUGGAAUGAGAGUCCUUUUUCGAGAAGGAAGUGACAUCAUUAAAGAGUUAUCCAUUUUGUAUGGCGGUGUGGGUGCAACCACCAUUGGUGCUAAGAACUCCUGCCAGAAACUCAUCGGAAGGUCCUGGAAUGAAGAGAUGCUGGAUACAGCGUGCAGGCUGGUUUUGAAUGAAGUCACCCUUCCAGGCUCUGCUCCCGGGGGAAUGGAGUUCAAGAGGACCCUCAUCAUCAGCUUCCUCUUCAAGUUCUACCUGGAGGUGUCACAGGCUUUGAGGAGGAUGGACCCAGGUCACUAUCCUAGCCUGGCAGACAGGUAUGAGAGUGCUUUAGAAGAUCUUCAUUCAAAACAUUAUUGGAGAUCAUUAACCCACCAGAAUGUAGACCCAAAGCAGCUUCCUCAAGACCCCAUUGGGCGUCCCGUCAUGCAUCUUUCUGGUAUCAAGCAUGCCACGGGUGAGGCCAUCUACUGUGACGACAUGCCUGCAGUAGACCGGGAGCAUUUCCUGACUUUUGUAACCAGUUCAAGAGCACAUGCCAAGAUUGUGUCCAUGGACCUGUCAGAGGCGCUCAGCAUGCCAGGCGUGGUGGACAUCCUUACUGCAGAUCAUCUUCAGGAGGCAAACACCUUCGCCACAGAGACAUUCCUGGCCACAGAUGAGGUACACUGUGUGGGUCAUCUUGUCUGUGCUGUGAUUGCGGAUUCUGAGACACACGCAAAACAAGCAGCGAAGAGAGUGAAGGUUGUCUACCGAGACUCGGAGCCUCUGAUCCUAACGAUUGAGGAAGCUAUACAACACAAGUCCUUUUUUGAAUCAGAAAGGAAACUGGAGUGUGGGGAUGUUGAUGAAGCAUUUAAAAUGGUUGAUCACAUUCUUGAAGGCGAAAUACAUAUAGGCGGUCAGGAACAUUUUUAUAUGGAAACCCAAAGCAUGCUUGUUGUCCCCAAAGGAGAGGAUGGAGAAAUUGAUGUCUACGUGUCCACACAGUUUCCCAGAUACAUUCAGGAAGUAGUUGCCUCUACCUUGAAGCUCUCAGCCAACAAGGUCAUGUGUCAUGUCAGGCGUGUUGGUGGGGCCUUUGGAGGAAAGGUGGGCAAAACCAGCAUCAUGGCAGCCAUCACUGCAUUUGCUGCCAGCAAACAUGGUCGUGCAGUCCGCUGCGUUCUGGAAAGGGGAGAAGACAUGUUAAUAACUGGAGGCCGCCACCCUUACCUUGGGAAGUAUAAAGUUGGAUUCAUGAACGAUGGCAGAAUCUUGGCCCUGGACAUGGAGCAUUACUGCAAUGCAGGGAGCUCCCUGGAUGAGUCAUUAUGGGUGAUAGAAAUGGGACUUCUGAAGAUGGACAAUGGUUACAAUUUUUCCAAUCUUCGCUGCCGGGGCUGGGCCUGCAAAACCAACCUUCCAUCCAACACGGCUUUACGUGGGUUUGGCUUUCCUCAGGCAGGGCUGGUCACUGAAGUCUGUAUCACAGAAGUUGCAGUCAAGUGUGGGCUGCCCCCUGAGCAGGUUCGAACCGUCAAUAUGUACAAGCACAUCCAUAAUACCCCCUACAAGCAGGAGAUCAAUGGGAAGACCCUCACUGAGUGCUGGAGAGAAUGCAUGGCCAAGUCUUCCUACUCCAUGAGGAAAACAGCUGUCAGGAAAUUCAAUGCAGAGAAUUCCUGGAAGAAGAGAGGGCUGGCCAUGAUCCCCCUGAAGUUUCCUGUGGGUAUGGGCUCAGUAUCCAUGGGACAGGCAGGUGCCCUGGUUCACAUUUAUCUCGAUGGCUCUGCACUGGUCACUCAUGGUGGGAUCGAGAUGGGGCAGGGCGUCCACACUAAAAUGAUUCAGGUGGUCAGCCGGGAAUUAAAGAUGCCGAUGUCCAGUAUCCACAUGCGUGGGACAAGCACAGAAACCGUCCCCAACACAAAUCCCUCUGGAGGGUCUGUGGUGGCAGAUCUCAAUGGCUUGGCAGUAAAGGAUGCCUGCCAGACUCUUCUGAAGCGCCUCGAACCCAUCAUCAACAAGAAUCCUCGUGGAACUUGGAAGGAUUGGGCGCAGACUGCUUUUGACCAGAGCAUCAACCUCUCGGCUAUUGGCUAUUUCAGGGGUUAUGAGUCAGACAUGAACUGGGAGAAAGGAGAAGGCCAUCCUUUCGAAUAUUUUGUGUAUGGAGCUGCCUGCUCAGAGGUUGAAAUAGAUUGCCUGACUGGGGACCACAAGACUCUAAGAACAGACAUUGUGAUGGAUGUUGGUCACAGCAUUAACCCAGCCCUUGACAUAGGUCAGAUUGAAGGCGCGUUUAUUCAAGGAAUGGGACUCUACACCAUAGAGGAGCUGAAUUACUCUCCCCAGGGCGUUCUGUACAGUCGUGGCCCAAGCCAGUACAAAAUCCCUGCCAUCUGUGACAUCCCCACAGAGAUGCACAUUUCGUUUAUGCCUCCAUCUGAACACUCGAACACUCUGUAUUCAUCUAAGGGUCUGGGAGAGUCUGGGUUGUUCCUGGGAUGCUCGGUAUUUUUUGCCAUCCGUGAUGCAGUGAAUGCAGCACGAGAGGAGAGAGGCAUCCAUGGACCACUGAAGCUUAACAGUCCACUGACUCCAGAGAAGAUCCGAAUGGCCUGUGAAGAUAAGUUCACAAAAAUGAUUCCUAGAGAUGUACCUGGAUCCUUUGUUCCCUGGAACACACCUGUGUGAGCCAAAUGAGAACUUCCGGAUGGACCGGAUCAGCUCCACUGCAGAUGUACCUCUGGCCUGUCUGUUCUAAGAUGUUAACUAUGAAAGCCAAAUUUUUCACCACAGCCAAUCAUCCACAGCAUUGCUUUACAUGAAGCUGACUUGGAAAUUUCUCUUCUGGGUGCCCCGGACAUACCAAAGCAAUUAUAAAUCAUAUUUUAAAUUGUAGAAUUAUUAAAUUGUUUCCUCUGAGGUAUUUUCAAUCAUUCAUGUAUUCAUAAUUCUGCCCCUUGUAUCUGUCCAGCUAAAUAUGACACCUUGUGCCUCACUUUUGGUUUGUUUACACCAGCAGAAUCUAUACUAUAUAGUGA